AUGUAACAACGACUACAAACACAUGCAAUCACAGAAGAAGGUAGAAAGUCUAGUUCAGACAUCAUUAGUCCUUUACGUGAGAUGUAUUAAAUAAGGAGGAAUGUUAUGAAACUUGAGAAACAACGUACUGAUGAAAGUUGUCAUCGUAAAUCACAAGAAUUCAUUAAACAUAUUAGUCAAUCUCAUAGGGAUGUCAUAAUACCAUAACAUCUUAAAUUUGAGGAUAAUCUUGAUGGUAGUAGAGCAACCAUAAAUUCCAUUAACUCUGUUGCUUAACAUUAUGAAAUUAUCAAACCAAAUCUACAUAACAUUGAUUGGAAUAAGGAAAACAAUUAAAAUUAAAGUAAUAAGAAUAAACAUCAUUAAAUAUGUGAAUCCAAUAAACAUAAAACAAAAUUUAUCUAAUUAGAUAAUUAACGUCAAUAAAUUAAUAAAACGAUUUCAUAAGUACUGCCUUCAUGAUUAAUCGAAUAGAUGUCCAAGUGUAAUAGACAAUUAGCGAAUGUGUUGAAAGCCUAAGUUGACAAAUUAUUUGAUACUAUCAAAACUGAC